AUGUUAGGAUUUCAACUUGCUUCCGGCAUUAAUUCUCGCCUCCAGGCUCAUGAGGAGAAGGCUUUCAUCUCAUGGAUGCGCGAGACAAACCAGCUUUUCACAGGCGAUGAAUACCACGCACGUCUUGGUAUCUGGAUCAACAACAAGCGCUUCGUCCAGCAGCACAAUGCCAAGGGCGAAUUCCAGCUCUCAAUGAACCAUCUUGCCCACCUCACACAAGCUGAGUACAAGGCACUCCUUGGUUUCAAGGGUGUUUCCAAGGGCCAAACAGUCAAGGCUAUGAACCUUAAGGACGAUGUUCCAGACACAGUUGACUGGCGCCAGUCCGGACUUGUCAACCCAAUCAAGAACCAGGGCAACUGCGGCUCUUGCUGGGCUUUCUCCACAAUCCAGGCUCAGGAAGGUGUCUACGCCAAGAACCACGGCAACCUUUACUCCCUCUCCGAGCAGAACCUCGUUGACUGCGUUACAUCAUGCUCUGGCUGCAAUGGUGGUUUAAUGCACGAGGCUUACCAAUAUGUUAUCGCUAACCAGCAGGGUCUCUUCAACCUUGAAGUUGACUACCCAUACACAGCUAAGGACGGAACAUGCAAGUUCGAUGUUUCAAAGGGCUAUGCUAAGGUUACAGGCGAUUUCCAGGUUACACAGGGCGAUGAGAACGCUCUUAAGGUUGCUUCCGCUACAUAUGGCCCAAUCGCUAUCGCUAUCGAUGCUUCCCACUUCACAUUCCAGCUCUACCACUCCGGCAUCUAUGAUCCAUGGUUCUGCUCAUCCUCCAACCUUGACCACGCUGUCGGCCUUAUCGGCUACGGCACAGACAAGAAGGACUACUGGCUUGUUCGUAACUCAUGGGGGACAUCUUGGGGUGAGUCCGGCUACAUCCGCAUGGUCCGCAAUAAAAACAACAAGUGCGGCGUUGCUACAAUGGCUUUCGUCCCACAGGUUUAA